AAGAGGACACUGCCGCACAUCUCUGUCAGCUCCGGGUCGCCGUCGUCAGCUCCAGCGCAGCCGCCACCAUGAACAAGUACUUCCCUGGAAUCAGCCGCAUCGAGUACAGGCCCGAUGCCGGCCCGGAGGAUACUCUCGUCUACCGCCACUACAACCCACACGAGACCGUCCAUGGGCGCACCAUGGAGGAGUGGCUCAAAUUCUCCGUCUGCUACUUCAACACCUUCAGGUACUGUGGCUCGGACGACCACUACGGCGAGCGCGCCCACCAGAGGACGUGGGACGACAGCUCUCGGUCUCUCGACAACUACAAGCGCCGGAUGAUGGCCGCUUUCGAGUUCUUCUACAAACUCAACAUCAAGUACUACUCGGUGAGCGACCGCGACAUGGCCCCUGAGGGAGACAGUUACGACGAGACCAACCGGUACCUUGACGAGAUGGUGACCCUGGCGUGUGACCUCCAGCGACAGACAGGGAUGCGGCCCCUCUACUACAGCGCCGACCUGUUCAGCCACCCCCGCUACAUGAACGGCGCCGGCGCCAACCCCGACGCCCACGUGUUCGCCUACGCCUGCGCCCAGGUCAAGCGGGCCAUGGACGCCGCUAAGCGUCUGGACGCCGAGAACUUCGUCUUCUUCAAUCCUCGCGACGGCUACCAGAGCGUUCUCCAGAGGCAGUUCUUCCGCGACAUGUCCCACAUGGCGCAGCUGUACCGCAUGGCCGUCCAGUACAAGGACAAGAUCGGCUUCCGCGGCCAGCUGCUGAUCCAGCCCAAGCCAGCUGACCCUCGCCGCCACCAGUACGAGGCCGACGCCAUGGCCACCAUGUACAUGCUGCGCCACUUCAACCUGGACAAGCAGUACAAGCUCUACAUCAAGCCCGCCUUCUCACGCCUCAUGGGCCGCACCUACGAGCACGACGUCUACAUGGCAGCUGCUUUCAACAUGCUGGGAUGCGUCGACGCCUCUGACAGCUUCCCAGAGUUCAGCGGAACGUCUGACACUUGCGCCCAAGACAUUCGCGACGCCACGUUCGUCAUGAAGUGUGUCCUUGAACAGGGAGGUCUCCAGGGCUUCUCCCUGGGCGGCCGCGUGCGCCGCGAGUCCGUUGAGCCUCGUGACCUGUUCCACGGCCACAUCCUCGCCAUGGACACCUUCGCCCGCGCCCUCAGGAACGCCGCCCGCAUGAUCUCAGACGGGUUCUUCGCUCGCAGCCUCCAGCAGCGCUACACAACCUACAAGUCCGGCUACGGCGAGCGCGUCGAACAGUCCUCCAUGAGCUUCGAGGAGUGAGGACUACGUGCGCAAGGCGGCGAGCCUCAGCCUCCAGCGCCUGGGAACACUUCGAGAACAUGUUCAACUACUACGUGUAUCCGCCACGCCAGUAGAAUCCGUCGGCUGACACCCGCGGCUGUAGCGUAACCACACACCACACGCACGCACACGAAGAUAAACACACACACGGACAUAAUACACACACCCCAGUCGUCUACACACACGCGCGCACCAUCUCUGGUGAUCCACUUUCCCUCAAUGUCGUUAAGCCAUCAGUUUACCUUUCAUGAGCCACCAUAUCCUACCCUUUCCUAUAGUGUCCUUGGUCACAAUACCCCACCAUAAACCAGCUUGUACUGCCCGUCACCAUUCCAUAAUUUGCUCCUGUAGUGUCCCCUGGUCUGCCCGAAGUAAAGUACGAUAGCUUAUAUCCUGUUUCAACCCAUCCUGCACACACCACAACCACCGUAACCCAGGCUGUGGUUCCAGCCGGUCUGCCUGUCAAGCGGCGGACUCCGGCGGCCCACCGGCCCACCCUAACGACUCUCGCUUGUUGUCCCAAAUGGUCCAAGAGGUGUUCAAACUUUCGGUUGUUUCGUCUGCACUUUGAAAACGAUCAAAUCGUUCCCGAAAUCGAUCCUAAAAGCAGUACCUCUGAGGUUUUGUGUCAGUACUGGAAAAUGUUCGACGGCGGCGCGAGUCUCUUUUUAAGCAUUAACCUCCGCGCCGCUGGUCUUUGGUUUCUCGAGGCAAACGAGGCUCGUCUCCGAAGGGAUGAGUCGCCGUUGAAGGCACUAUGUGGCACUCCAGAUCGGAAAUAGAUGAUAGACUGAUUGAUGUAGAAGGACGAUCGAGCUCAGAAACGACGGAAAUUGAUGUCUAGUAUGGCUUGAUAGGCUGUAAAUGCGUACGCAAAUCCGAAAGGACAUCCCAGGUCUGUCUGAACGCUUUUUCCCGAAAGAGUUUCCGGAUCCAGACCGUCAAGUCGUCCAGCCCAGCGAAGUUUCCCAACAACAGCCAACAACCUUCACCUCUGCAGAGGUUAGCGGUACUAGCGUAACUGUUCACUCUGAUCGCCUGAACUUCGCAAAUCAUACGGUCGAUAAACUCCUGUUACUUCAAAUUUGCGAACGACUUUACUGUCACGAACGGCGUCGCGGUUACCUCAGACCGUGCUUUGAACACGGUGACCGCCCCCAAAGCACCCUCGCAAGACCCGGCCAAACCCCUCCGGCAGACCGACGACCCCCCUCCGACUCCCCCCCCUAGUCAACACAGACCACAACACAGCAUCUAAAAUCAAUGGAAUUCAGAAUCUGAAUUAGGCUUCGAAUCGGUCGCUUGAUUAGUCCACACUUCCAGUGACUAAAUUCUAAAUUCCAUCGACUGUAAUUCAACUGUAUUUUGGCAAUAAAUACCACUAAAUCCA